CGAUCGAGAAGUGUUCGCGAUGGCUGUUAAAAUUCUUUUGGGUUUGUUGCUGAUUUUUGUAGUUUCGGAGAAGAUUCUGGCCUGCAAACAAUCACCGUGUCCUGUUGUCAAUAAUUGGAACUGCCUCUGCGAAGGCAAAGCCGCUCACGUCUGCGUCUGCGACUUCACGUGCUCAGAGUGGGACAAGCCCUGCAACUGGGUCGUAUCUUGCGAGAAGGAAGUCUGCAACAUUAAUGAAUGGCGGUGUCGAAAGAAUAAACUGGAUCUUUUGUGGCUUCCCCAACUCUCUCAUGAAGAGUGCUUGGACGUAAACGUCGACACGAAUAAGCGUAGGAAUUGUUGCAAUCUAUUUUGUUCACUAAACGUCACAGAUGUGUGUUUCUAAAUAAACGUUAACUUCUUAAUUCAAACCUGCA